GCUGUCUGAAUUGUGAAUGAUUACAUUUGUCGCCAUUGCCUCUGUUCAUUCGAGGAACGUACGACGAUCGUUUUCAUUUCUCUACGAAAUUUGCGUGAUUCUCUUGCAGAAAAAUAUAAAACGUUCCUCAUAUUAAUUUACAAUGGUCUCCUUGAAUCCAGUGCGGAUCCUUAAACAUGAAGCUGGAGAAGAAAAGGCAGAGAUUGCUAGAUUAAGCUCGUUUGUUGGAGCCAUAGCUAUUGGAGAUCUAGUGAAAUCCACCCUGGGUCCUAAGGGUAUGGAUAAAAUACUUGUAUCUCAUGGAAGAUCCGCAGGGCAAGUACAAGUUACUAACGAUGGUGCUACCAUCCUUAAGAGUAUCGGCGUUGAUAAUCCUGCUGCUAAAAUUUUGGUAGACAUGUCUCGUGUUCAAGAUGAUGAAGUAGGAGAUGGCACUACUUCGGUCACUGUUCUUGCUGCUGAACUCUUACGAGAAGCAGAAAAAUUGAUUGAAAACCAAAAGAUUCACCCGCAGACUAUUAUCAGUGGGUGGAGAAACGCUACCAAUGUAGCAAUGGAAGCUCUAACUAAUGCAUCAGCAAACAAUUCGGCGGACCCUGAACGUUUCCGUGAGGAUUUACUGAGCAUCGCACGUACAACAUUGAGCUCCAAGAUCUUAUCGCAACAUAAGGAACAUUUUAGCAAACUCUCAGUUGACGCGGUGUUACGACUUAAGGGUUCCGGUAAUUUGUCUGCUAUUCAAAUUAUAAAGAAACGUGGCGCGACACUCGCUGAUUCGUUCUUGGAUGAAGGCUUCUUAUUGGAUAAAAAGCCUGGCGUUCAUCAACCACAAAAAGUUAGCGACGCAAAAAUACUUAUCGCUAAUACACCUAUGGACACAGACAAAAUUAAGGUAUUUGGUUCCAGAGUUCGCGUGGAUUCGAUGGCAAAAAUUGCAGAAUUAGAAGCUGCGGAGAAAGAAAAGAUGAAGGAUAAGGUCGACAAGAUCUUGAAGCAUGGAUGCAACGUUUUCAUCAAUAGACAAUUGAUUUACAAUUAUCCAGAACAAUUGUUUGCCGAUGCUGGAAUUAUGGCUAUCGAGCAUGCAGAUUUCGACGGUAUCGAGAGACUAGCACUCGUUACCGGCGGCGAAAUAGUCAGUACUUUUGACAAUCCAGAUUUAGUCAAGCUUGGAAAGUGCGAUCUUAUCGAGCAGGUCAUGAUAGGAGAAGAUACACUUCUGAGAUUCUCCGGAGUUUCAUUAGGUGAAGCAUGCACCAUUGUUAUUCGUGGUGCGACCCAGCAGAUCAUCGAUGAAGCUGAGAGGUCGUUACACGACGCACUCUGCGUCUUGACCGCUACAGUGCGCGAGUCGAGGAUAGUCUAUGGCGGCGGAUGCAGCGAGAUGAUCAUGGCUUGUGCCGUUAUGCGCGCGGCCGCUUCCACGCCAGGUAAGGAAGCUGUUGCAAUGGAAGCAUUCGCACGGGCGUUGCAGCAAUUGCCAACCGUUAUCGCUGACAAUGCUGGCUAUGACUCUGCGCAACUAAUUAGUGAACUGAGAGCUGCGCAUAAUUCCGGUAACAACACCAUGGGAUUAGAUAUGGAAUUGGGUAAAAUUGGUUGCAUGAAGCGUCUAGGAAUCACCGAAUCUUGGGUAGUAAAAAGACAAGUUCUCGUGAGCGCAGCCGAAGCAGCGGAAAUGAUAUUGCGUGUAGAUAAUAUUUUGCGCGCGGCUCCUAGAAAACGCACUCAAGAUAGAGGACGUUGUUAAUCGUUAUUUAAAAAUAAAGAAUUUUUAUUUUUCGCUUCGGUUUGCGAUACUUUCACAUGCUAUUACCAUUGCCAUUACUUAUUCAUGCAAUCUCUAAAAUUAACAUGUUUAAAUAAAAAGAUCUUUAAUACUAUUAAAUUACUAUUAUUAAAGUAUUAUUUCAUUGCACAUUAGUUUCUCUUUUCAUGAUGCUAUAUGAUAUUUGAUACUAAUGUACUAAUUAUCACAGUAAGCAGAAUAUAUCAUCCAUAUUGCUUUAAAUAUGUG